GACAGUCCGAUAAUCGAGACUAUCGGUCCAUGUUGAGCUACUGAGGCUGCUGUGUUUACCUCCCUUCCUUCAACACGUGUUGUAAAUAGAUACAUUUAAACGAGUGCGGUGAUUCUGCAACCAUGCCCACCCAAGCUGAAAUAUUUGCAGAACUGGGCAUCCCCAGUGAUCUGGUGGCAGCAGCAUCAGCAGGUGGUGGUGGUGGUGGUGGCAGUGGUGGCCUGUCUGGGAUCAGUGCAGAUGAUCUCGGUAAUGAUGCCACCAUGGAGGGGCUGUGGGCCAUGAAGGCUAUGGAGCAUGCUGAGAUAUACUUCAAUCUUCUGUGUGCAGUUGACCCUAAAAUGCUCAAGCUUACUCCUAAAGAUGACCUCAUCUAUCAAGAAUUCAGGAAAGAGUUUCCAGACUUCAAUAUAGAAAAGCUGAAUGAGGAAGAUCUCAAGAGUCCUUCAGCCAAGGAGAAAUGGCGGCCUUUCUGCAUGAAGUUUGAGAAGGAGAUUGAGGACUACAGUUUUGCCACACUGGUGCGCAUUGAUUGUCAGGAUGAGUACACGGAACCCAACACUAUCCUGGUAACACGCAUUCAGUUCUUCUGCAUUGAGAUUGCCCGGAACCGUGAGGGUCAGAAUGAUUCUAUCAGGACCAAAUUCAAACCCAAGCCACGCACCAAAAAUACCAACAAAUAGUAUUAUAGAUGAUAGCAACUCACUGUGUGGGUGCCCAUAGGUUUAGUUGGUGUGCUUGAAAUUCAGUGUCUGCUGAUGAUAAGUUCAAUGUGCAUUUGUGUGUGUGUGUGUGUGUGUGUGUGUGUGUGUGUGUGUGUGUGUGUGUGUGUGUGUGUGUGUGUGUGUGUGCAUGUGUGUGUGUGCACAUGUGUGCGUGUGCCUGCACAUGCAUCUAUUGAUUUCUGAUAUUAUAUCUUUGUCAUAUAUAUAUAUAUAUAUAUAUAUAUAUAUAUAUAUAUAUAUAUAUAUAUAUAUAUAUAUAUAUAUAUAUAUAUAUAUAUAUAUGUGUGUGUGUGUGUGUGUGUGUGUGUGUGUGUGUGUGUGUGUGUGUGUGUGUGUGUGUACAAGACUGACUUUGCUAUAAUUGCAGAUAGCCAAGUAAAGAUGUCCACUGACAUACAUUCACAUUUCACAAGCAUUUCUUCAUAUCUUGGAAAUAUAUGUGUAGUAUCUUAUUUGAGUUCACUAUACUGUCACUAUACUGUAACUUAAGUUACUUUCAAGUGCUUCAAAAUUCUGACAUGUAUGGGUAUAUAUCUAAUUACUGAUAUCCCUUGACCUCCAUAAAAGUGUUGGCUGCAAUAUUGAAACAGUCGUAAAGUGUCUAAUUUUCCAACCACAUUGUAGUCUUUAGUGUUCACAGGUUUUCAUGAUGUAGCCUUGUGCAAUAUGUUUCAAUUCCAGUUAUACAUCAGUAACACAGACUGUUCAAAAUGUGCUUUAUUUUCUGUUUUCAUGGCAUUGUUGUCUUUCCUUUUAACUUAAUUCAAUCUUGCUUUGUUGGGAAAAAAAUUUGAUCUUCAAGGAAAGAUUUCAAUACUGAACUUUAUUGGAGAAUGCAAGAACAUGUUAAGCUUUGACAAUUAAAAUAAAAUAUGUAUACAC